AUGGCUAAUUCCAAUGAGUCCUCGACUUACGUGACGAGAUCAGGAAGAACAUCACACAAAAUCGUUACUAAUUUGUUUGGUACGAGUACGAGGUCACGAAACAACAACAUGAAUGUCAUUCCUGACGAUCCGAGAAAUGAGGCGAGACGUCAUCAGGCGGAUCUAGAGAGGCAAGAAGCUGAAAUACGGCGACUCACUCAACAAUUGAAUGAGCAAACGAAUAAUGGCAACAAACUUCAGGAAGAAUUACAACAAUCAAGAGAACAACUACGCCAAGUUCAAGAAAGUGUUCAACCUCAACAAAAUAAUAUCCAGAUAUAAUUCUGGGAAAUGAUUUCAACUUGAAAUUUGGUAUGAUCAUAGAUUAUUGGAAGACUCAAUUGAGAUUGAAAGAUGAAGUGAUCCCUACUCAUUUGGUUUUGUUUGAGAGAGGAGAUUUAGAAAGAUUAAUAAUAAGAAAUAAAGAAAAAGUAACUUGUAUUCAUAUAAUUAAAAAUGAAAAUAUUAAAAUUGAUAAUAUAUGCGAAACGCAAAAUAAUGAACUGAAUGAUU